AUGCGAAAACCGGACAAGACAGUCGACAUUGGACAAGAUGGAGUCUCACUCUCCCUUGAUACCUAUGGCAGAAUCCUGCAAGCUAGCACCUUCCACCCCGAGCAUGGUAUAAUUGUUGCGAAUCCUUUCGAGCAGUUUGAUGGAACCAAAUUCUACGAUCCAACCUAUGUCCGCAACUAUCGAAAGCGUAUGCUACACUGGAUCCAGGAGAGCAGGCCUGGACUAGGAAUCAGCUUCCGAUCCGACGUAUCCAAGGCUGCUAUCAACAUACCGAAAGCGAACGCCGCUACCUUCGACUUCGCCUUAGAGGAGGACGUAAAGGUUUCGAUCCAAGUGCACGUAGUCAAGGGUGGUGACAUCUUGCAAUGGGUCACUAUCAAGAACAACAAGGCUACUGCAACCACACUAGAUUGCGAUGUGAACCUAUGCGUGAGCCUCAAUCGCGCAUCAUAUGGCCAGCUCACCGAAGGCGGACCGAUCCCUCUUCCCAAAUCUCGGAAUAUCUUUUCUCUCACGAAUCAGGGCUCUGUCAACGUAAUCAACCCAGAGCUCGGUGCUCAGUUGUACGGCGAAGUGGGCCGCACAAUGGAACUAGAUAGAACUCUGAUCGACUUCGAGUGGCCCUCGAGUGAUCAAGAAGUCCGGAAUGCUCCGCUCGAUUUGAACAUCCCGUAUCAUCUAGGACUCAAGCCACACAGUUCAAUUACCCUCAAGAAUAGGUUUCGCUUCAGAGCAAAUGCAGAAUCCUACCAACUUAUAUCUCACAAUGUUGAUGGAAAGGAGAAGGAAAGCGAAGAACGAGCAAAUCUCAACAACCUUACAUGGUUAAAGCAAUCCGCUUUAACGACCUACAUCCUCCGUCGGAACGUCGACUAUAUCCUAGCCAACUGCACCGUGCCCGUGGUUUCUGCUUCUAGGGAAACUUCCGUAUGUAUCAUGACCGACCACGUCGCCCUCCCAUUAGGAUGGAAUAGAGACAACUACUGGCAACUCCGUCUUCUUUACGAAUCCUACAAGCACUCUUCUCUUCUCCUACGUGAUGAUGGACUACGAUGGGAUUACAUUUCAAAAAUCCAUGACAUCGCGAAGGGCCAUCUAGAGUGGGUGUUCAGGGUGGCGCAACGACCCCAUGGGUACUGGCACCGCUCUUACAUUGUAACGGGGAAGCCUAAAGAUGGGCCGGUGUUCCAACUGGAUCAGCAAUGCUACCCACUUCUGGAAUUGUGCGACUAUCUCGACUACUUUCCCGCUGACAUGGUUUUUGUACGGAAGAUCUUGGAGCUGGGUGUUGUGAACAAGAUCCUAGACUUACUGCAGUCAAAGCGCGAUAUUGAAACAGGAUUAUGGCCCACCGAUGAAACACCCGGCGACGAUGCAGUGCUAUACCCGUACCACUUCUCAAGCCACGUCCUGCUUUGGCGCACGCUGACAAGCUUGCGAGACCUCUAUGAUCGUUUGUACUCGCCUUCCCAAGUCUCGAGCUCCGCUGUGAACGAACUAGCAACCUCACUACGAACAAGCACACUCCGCAAUUUUACAGUCACACACCCUGAGCUAGGUAUGGAUAUGUUCGCGUAUCUAACAGACGGACAAGGAAAUCACACCUUCUACCACGACGCAAAUGAUAUCCCGACCCUCUUCGCCCAGCCCUGGUCUUUCGUCACCACACCCUCAGAGAUCCGAACAUGGCACAACACCAUGGCCUUCGGGCUCUCACCCGCAAACAAACAGGGAUACUGUAACAUCCCACCAUACCCCGGCCUGGGCAGCGUCCAUUCCCCAGGGGCGUGGGUGCUAGGGUAUUUCCAGGAGCUGGCGUAUGCGGCAAUGAGGAAGGAUGAAGGGGAUAUGAGGAGGGCGUGGGGAAAGACUAAGAAUGCGAUGCAGUGGGAUGGGACGUUUAGUGAGGCUGUGGAUCCGAUGACGGGGAAGUGCAGUAGUAAGGCGUGGUUUAGCUGGCCAGGAAGUAUGAUCGGGGCGUUGAUUGUACAGUUGCGGUCCGAGGAUUUGGAGAGAGUGCUACUCGAGGAUUAA